UGCCGCUUGCGUCUGUUUUCACUGCCUUGGUGCACCACUCCGAGUCUCCGCUGACUGCGCCCUGUCUAGUUGUUGCCGCGUUGACUUUAUCUAGACAAGGAUAGCGCACGACGGUACAUGAUUCACAAUAAGUUGAACUACCUUUCAGACCAUGUCGGAUCAGACGACAUGGAAGAGAUUCUUGAGAUGACGCUUAUGGACCAACGUCCCGGUGCACCUGUUAAUGUUGCAUCCAAAUCUGCGAAGAUGCCGUCGUAUCUUCAGAAACAUGAUGUCAACACCCGGUUGUCUUCUCUAGAGGUUGAAAUACAAGGGAUAGACGAACAGAUCAAAAAGUUGACUGCUUUACGUGGGGCCUUAAUUGCUGAAAAAGAUGACCUCACUCGAGAACGCAGUCGUAUCAACCUGGUGCAACCGUCAAGGGGGCUCAAUGACGCUGUCCAGACUAAGGGCAAGGGCAAAGCAGCUACAGUUGACUAUACUGUUAGCUUCGACUGGUCAACACAGCUGCAGUUGACAAUGAAGAAGGUUUUUAAUAUUGGUAACUUUCGACUGUGCCAGAAAGGAGUCUGUAAUUCUAAUAUGGAUGGCCGAGAUAUUGUGUGUGUCAUGCCCACCGGAGGUGGCAAGUCGUUAACCUAUCAACUUCCUGCCCUCCUGACGCCAGGGUGUACACUGGUGAUAUCCCCCCUCAUUUCCCUGAUGACGGAUCAGAUUCUACAUCUGAAGGAGUCAGGAGUGGAAGCUGUGAUGUUGACAGGGGGAACUCCACGUCCCCUCCUCAAUGAGAUUCAGCAAAGACUGUCGUCCAUGGCAUCAUCUCAGGUGCAUGGACAUCAAGGUCGGGACAUUAAAUUAUGCUACGUCACGCCAGAGAAAAUAGCUAAAAGCAAGACGUUUAUGUCUCUCCUGCGCAAGCUUGUGGAAGGUGGAAAGCUUGCUCGGAUCGUUAUUGAUGAAGCCCACUGUGCUUCUCAAAUGGGUCACGAUUUUCGCCCAGACUACAGAAAAUUGAGCAUCCUUCGCCAGUUCUUUCCCCACGUGCCCAUUCUCGCGUUGUCUGCAACCUGCCCCCCAAGAGUCCUCCAAGAUAUUCUCAAGAUUCUCAGAAUGAAACCGGUGGUAGAUGGGAAAGCUGCCCCACCGGAUGGGACGGUGUAUUUUUCUGCGCCUCUGUACCGCAAAAAUCUGCAUUACACUGUCUUGCCAAAACCAUCUUCAGCAAAAGAACUCAUCGCGACAAUGUCGGACUACAUUUUACAAAACCACAGAAAUGAUAGUGGCAUCAUAUAUUGCCUCGCAAAGAAGGAUGCUGAAUCGGUUGCUGAAAGCAUUCAAGCGGUGAGCAACGGCCGCAUCAAAACAGGCGUCUAUCACGCGAAUGUUGAGGAUGGGCAGAAAGAAAGGCUACACAUGCAAUGGAGGGAAGGGAAAGUUCAGGUAGUCUGCGCUACAAUAGCUUUUGGCCUAGGGAUUGACAAGGGUGACGUUCGAUUCGUACUCCACCAUACAAUAUCGAAGUCUCUUGACGGGUACUAUCAGGAGUCAGGACGUGCUGGACGAGACGGCCAAGACGCAGACUGCGUAUUGUACUAUCGUCCACAAGAUGCUACUCGCCAAGCUUCCAUUACGUGCAGUGAUCAGGACGGCGUGGUGAAGUUGCAUGACAUCUUACGUUUUGCACAAGAUAUGCAAGAAUGCCGCAAGAUCUUAUUUGCAAAAUACUUUUCGGCAUCAUCCGAUCUCUCUAUGGCCUCAUGGACCACGAACGAAUCAGAUGCAAUGGACCGAUGUGGGCAUUGCGACAAUUGCACGAGGCCUCCUGCCAACGUGGAACACAAGGAUGUGACAGUUGAAGCGUGGCAGAUUCUAAAGAUACUUGAAGCUGUAGAAGGUAGUGGCGGGCGCCUGACCAUUGCUGGUCUCAGUGACCUGGCGCGUGGUCUGGGUGGUGGUUCAUUCGAAACUGGUGGCGGCGGAAAACGCCGAAAUGCUAAAGAGAAGAUACAGAUUGAUUAUGAUUCCGUGGCUGGCGGAAAAGUGAGGCUUUCAAAGGACGACAUGGAGUCGCUAAUUGUGCAGAUGCUUGUGUUGCGGUACCUUGAGGAGGCCUUUUCAUCGACGGCAUACACUGUGAAUGUUUACGUCGCACCCGGUAAUCAAGCGCUCCGGCUCACCCGCUUCACUUGUGAAGAUAUCGUCAACGGAGCCGGGCCUAGAAUCCAGUGCUCCUUCAGGAGACAUGGGCGCAAAGUAAAGAGCAAGAAGACUGCUAUUGACAGGCAAUCUCCUGAUAGUCUGGAUCUUCAAGAAGACCCCACUUCUGGCCCUUCACGAAUCAGGAAACCAGCCCCACCAAGAAAGAAAAGGCUAUAUGAAGAUUUAUCGGACCCGGACGAAGUUGAUGGAGAAGAUUUUACGAGUCAGAUAAAGAUGAUUGAUGCCGAGGAAUCGGAUGUUGACGAUGAUGACGAUGCGGACUGGGCUUACUCACUUAGACCACCUCAGCCAACUAAGAAACGGCGAAAGGGUGAAGAGAAGGCAAAGGGAAUUCCCGCCAGCUUAAAUAGAAGGACGAGCGGGGAUGAACAUGAGGUCAUAUCUCUCUCAUCAGACUAAUGUACAAACAUGCAAGGAUGUAACUUAUCACCAUCAUAAUGCUAGAGACAGUAUACCAGCUCC